AUGAAGAAGAAUAAAAAGCGACAUGCAAAAAAAUCCUCAUUUCGAAGAAAAAGAGCUCGAACAAGAACUUCAAGUAGUGUCUCCAGUGAAGCCACAUGUUGUACGGUUCUGAGCUCCAAUAAACAACAUGGCAGCAUGGUUUCCUCAGUCUCUACUCCAUCCAGUUCGAGGUCUUCAUCUAUUAAAAAAAAUGCAACGCGGAGUGAUUUUUUAUCACCUCUUGAAUCACGUUCUGAAGAGAAAUUGAAUUCAAUUGCAUUUUACAUUGACAAUCGAGAAGAGAUGGUUCGCCAUAUGUUCGCAUCACUUCAUAGAAAAGAACUCUAUGAAUUGUUGCCGAAAAUUUUGAAGAAAUUGAAAGUGCCGGAGCUACGCUGUUUAUGUGUUAAAGAGUUGAAUGAAAUGUCUAAAAAGAAUAUAUGCGCUAUUUUAAAAGGAAAGGAUUUUGCUGAAAAUAGUGAACCUGAAGAAGAAAAGAAUGAAUCACUUGUGAUCAAUACUAGUAUUAAAACACCGAAAACUGAGAUUGCCGUUGCCGAUUCCACAACAGAAAUGACUGCACCAAAUUUAUCCAGUAUUUUUCACACAGUCGAUACAAAUGAUGACUGCAACAGUAUCACAAACCCUCCUCAAUUCCAUUCUGCUGCAGUUGAAAACAUUUCUUCAACCAAGAUGCGCCAAGAAAGUGAAACUGUUGUCCACUCUGACUUCUCUGAGGAACAUAGAAUUUCACUUUUAUCAAAUCGACAUACUGAUAUGUUUGCGAAUAAACAUACAUUAUGUCCCAAUGGCCAGAUAACUGCAAUUAUAACAACAGAGAAUGAUGACGAGUUGGAAGAUGGCGAGGUUGUGAGUGAUGAAGAAAAGAGUUCGAACUCAGGCCAAGAUAUUAAGCUGAACAAGGAUCGGAAUUGUAGUCAAAAUCUCACCAUCCAUAAGGAUCUUUUUGCCGUCAGUGCACAAGAUAAUUCAUCGCCAUCAUCAAUAUCAAAAAAUUCAGAAUAUAUCUGCAGUUCUGAAAGUUCAAUCGACAUAACUAAUAAAGUACGAGAAGAAAGGAGGCUCCAUAUGCUGGAAUUAGAGUUGAGAGCUCGUGCAAUUGAAGCGCUUAUUAAACGAAGUGAUAAUAAACCUUAA